UGACAGGUGCGUUUGCGGCGUUCCUGUGAGCUGUGCCUUUUUCCCGCUCGCACUGGGCACCUCUCGCUGGUGGAAGUCACGGACACAGGCGGGCACGGAGCUCGGGGUGCCCGUCCCGGCCCGGAGCGGCUCCGGAGGGGCAGCGCUGCCCGCCGGUGCCGCCGCCCGGGGCGGGGCCUGGGCCGGACGGCCCGUGCGCUUCCGGGGCGGCGCCGCGGAGGCCCGGCUGUGGGUCCGGCCGGCCAUGGGGGAGGCCGGGCCGGCUGCGGGGCCGGCUGCGGGGCUGGGGCCCAGGGAGGCGCAGGAGCCCGAGGAGGACGAGGCGGCGGCGCCGGGAGGCACACGGGGGUGCCGGGCCGGAUCCCGCGGCGGCAUCCGGGUGCUGAAGAGGAACGUGAAGCGCACCGGGAGCAGGAGCUGCCAGAGCAGGAGUCGGGUUGGCUCCCGUGAGAGGAUCUGGCUGAAAGGGGACGUCGGACGAGGCUGCGUGUAUGUUUAUGGAAGAGACUCAGCGGCUGCGGCUCCCUCGGACUUGCGCCUGGUCCUCUGUACAGUGGACACCCAAGCCUCGGAGAUCUGCGACGGAGAAGGGAGGAAAAACCUCUUUUUGCAGCUUCAUGGAGACCUGGUCAGGAGGCUGGAGCCCACAGAAAAACCCCUUCAGAUUGUGUAUGACUACUUGGCUCGGUUGGGUUUUGAUGAUCCUCUCAGAAUGCAGGAAGAGGCAGCAAACUCUGAUCUCAGCUGUAUGAUUCGCUUUUACAGUGAAAAGCCAUGUCAGGUGGAACAGCUGGAUCGCAUCCUGCUCUCCGGAGUCUAUAACGUACGCAAAGGAAAGACCCAGCUGCACAAGUGGGCAGAGCGCUCCGUCACUCUCUGUGGCACGUGCCUCAUUGUGUCCUCAGUGAAGGACAGCCAUGCAGGGAAGAUGCACAUCUUGCCUCUCGUGGGAGGGAAGGUGGAAGAGAUGAAACGUCGGCAGUACACCCUUGCUUUCACAUCUGCUGGAGCGCAAGCUCAGACCUACCACAUUUCCUUUGAAACGCUGGCAGAGUGCCAGCGGUGGCACCGGCAGGCAUCCACGAUUGUGUCUAUGCGAUUUAGCAUGGUUGAUCUUUCAUGCUACAGCCUUGAGGAAGUACCAGAGCACCUCUUCUACAGUCAAGAUAUCACCUACCUCAACUUACGUCACAAUUUUAUGAGAACAAGUGGAGCAGGGAGUCUUGACUCUCUUUGCAGGUUUUCUCAGUUGAAGAGUCUGAACUUGUCUCAUAAUAGACUGGGAGAGUUUCCUGUAUCACUGUGUGAGAUCUCUACUCUGACAGAGCUUAAUAUUUCCUGUAAUGGACUUCAUUACUUGCCAAGUCAGAUUGGCAAACUGUUGAAUCUCCAGACCUUCUGUCUUGAUGGCAAUUUCCUCACAUCCUUACCAGAAGAGAUGGGAAACCUGCAGCAGCUCAGCUGUCUUGGGCUUUCCUUCAAUAACUUCUGUGAACUGCCAGCAAUUUGUGAGAAACUUGUCACCUUAGACAAACUAGCCCUGGCAGGGAACUUGAUAGAGACCCUGGACCUGACAGUGCUGAACCGCAUGGGUCACAUCAAAAGUGUGGACCUGAGGCUGAACAACCUGAAGAGAGCAGCAGCUGACACUCUGGAGGGGAACAAAUCUUUGGCUUACAUGGAUUUACGAGACAAUCAGAUGACAGAUCUGGAUCUGAGCUCCUUGGUCAGCCUGGAGCAGCUGCACUGCGAGCGAAAUAAGCUGAGAGAGCUGACUCUGAGCGGCUUCUCCCUUCGGGCCCUGUAUGCCAACAGCAACUGUCUGACAGCUGUCAAUAUUUAUCCGGUUCCUGGUCUACUGACAUGUCUAGAACUCUCUCACAAUCAACUACAGUGUGUCCCAGACUGGGCCUGUGAAGCAAAGAAACUGGAAGUUUUGGAUGUGAGCUACAAUCUACUCUUGGAGCUUCCAUCGAGGAUCCUCAGAAGCUUAAGUCUUCGGAAGUUGAUGGUGGGGCACAAUCAUCUGCAGAGCCUUCCACCUCUUCAAGAACACAUUCCACUGGAGGUGCUGGACCUUCAGCACAAUCUGUUGACUAAACUCCCAGAGACACUCUUUGUCAAAGCUCUGAACCUCAGGUACCUGAAUGCAUCUGCCAACAGCCUGGAGUCCUUGCCCUCCACGUGUCCGGGGGAGGAGAGUUUGAGCAUGCUGCAGCUGCUAUACUUGACUAAUAACAACCUCACAGAUCAAUGCAUCCCUGUCUUGGUGGGACACCCAAACCUACGGAUCCUGCAUCUGGCAAACAACAACCUGCAGACUUUCCCUGCAAGCAAACUUAGUAAGCUGGAGCACUUGGAAGAACUGAAUCUGAGUGGAAACAAACUGAAAACAAUUCCUACAACGGUUGCAAACUGCAAGCUACUUCAUACGCUUAUUGCACACUCUAAUGAAAUCAGCAUUUUUCCAGAAAUCCUUCAUUUGCCCCGUAUUCAGUUUGUGGAUUUGAGCUGCAAUGAGUUAACAGAAAUCCUAAUCCCCGAGGCACUGCCAGGUGCCUUGCAAGAGCUGGAUCUGAGUGGAAACACAAACCUGGUGUUAGAACACAAGACACUGGAUAUCUUCAGUCACAUUAGCACACUGAAGAUUGAUGCUAAGCCCUCCCUCACGGCAGACUCGGCACUCACUUCUGUCUUCUGGAGUCACGGAGUAGCUGAGAUGGCAGGCCAAAGAAAUAAGCUGUGUGUGUCAUCCCUGGCACUGGGGAGCUUUGCAGAGGGGGUGGAGGCUGUGUAUGGCAUGUUUGAUGGUGACAAGAAUGAAGAACUGCCACGUUUGCUGCAGUGCACCAUGGCUGAUGUGCUCCUGGAGGAGGUACAGCAGUCUGACACCAUGUUCAUGUCCAACACCUUCUUGGUCUCCCACAGGAAGCUGGGCAUGGCUGGGCAGAAGCUGGGUUCCUCUGCUGUCCUUUGCUACAUUCGUAAUGAGGUGGCUGAUCCAGCCAGCAACUUUUCUCUGACGGUGGCCAACGUGGGGACGUGCCAAGCCGUUCUGUGCCGAAGUGGAAAAGCACUGCCUCUCUCCAAAGUCUUCAGUCUUGAACAAUGUUCAGAAGAAGCCAGGAGAGUCAAGGAACAAAAAGCCAUUAUAACAGAGGACAAUAAAGUCAAUGGUGUGACUUGCUGUACUCGGAUGCUGGGCUGCACGUACCUGCAUCCUUGGAUCCUGCCCAAACCGCAUGUCUAUUCCGUUCCACUGACUGUACAAGAUGAGUUGCUACUUCUAGGGAACAAAGCUCUCUGGGAACACCUUUCUUAUGCAGAAGCUGUCUCAGCUGUGCGGCACCUACACGACCCACUAGCUGCUGCAAAGAAACUAUGCACUUUAGCACAAAGCUAUGGUUGCCAAGACAAUGUUGGUGCAAUGGUGGUAUGUCUGAACAUCAGUGAGGACAACUGCACGUGUGAGAUGCACGGCCUCACUCUGACAGGCCCUGGGGGAUUUAGUUCUACCACCACCAAACCAGCUACACCUUCAUGUAGCAGUGGAAUUGCUUCAGAGUUCAGCAGUGAACUGUCUGCUUCUGAGGUUAGCAGUGAGGUGGGCUCUACUGCAUCAGAUGAACACAGUGCUGUUGGUCUCGAUGGCAGCUUGCUACCACGACAAGAACGACGUUGCAGCCUACAUCCUGUGCCCCCCUCAAGCAUCUUUCAGCGCCAACCUUCCAGUGCCACCUUCUCUAGCAACCAGUCUGACAAUGGUCUAGAUAGUGAUGAUGAGCAGCCUGUGGAAGGUGUGAUGACAAAUGGCAGUAAAGUGGAGGUAGAGGUGGACAUCCAUUGCUGUAAAGGAAAGGGUAUGGAAUUAGAACAUCCUGCUGCAGAGUACAGCUCUUCUGCUCCAGGGCCAGAGGAUGACUCUGGGCUUGUACUCAUCAUUCGGAGGCAGAACAGUGUAAACAGCAACACUGUGCAGAGAGGGGUUAAGGAGAAGUGUGAACUCCAAAAAUCUCUUUCCACAUGUUGUCUUUAUGGAAAGAAGCUUUCCAAUGGCUCCAUAGUGCCCUUGGAGGACAGCCUCAACCUCAUCGAAGUAGCGACAGAGGCACCCAAGAAGAAGACAGGCUAUUUUGCUGCUCCAUCCCAGAUGGAGCCAGAAGAUCAAUUUGUGGUGCCACCUGAUCUGGAAGAGGAAGUGCAGGAACAAAUGAAGCAGCACCAAGAGGAUAGAGCAGAUCAGGAGCUGAAAGAAGAACAUGCAGCAUCCCUGCCAGAGGAGUUUGAUACAGCUUUGUAACCCUAUGAGUACCAUUCCCACAUUAUCUGUCCCAGGAAGCUCUGUUUAAUAAGGGCUGUCAUGCCCUCUGAGGGAACUGGGAUCUGCAAGGAGUACAGACACCUGCUGCUUCCUUAAUGAAGUUGAGGAAGAAUCAGGAAGGCCAAUGUCUGGGCUGCCCACUUAACCACUAUAGCAUCUCAGUUGUUCUAUGAGCACGCAGAUCAGCAGCUGAGCUCUGUGUUAGGGACUGUCUGGUAAGUCCUUGAACCCUGAGGUUCUGCCAGCUCUGCUGGAAAGGGGCUGGUGUGUGU